CGCCCUCCAUUUACGUAUGCAUCAAUGAUUCGUCAAGCAAUUAUAGAAUCGCCGCAUCAGCAGUUAUCACUAAGUGAAAUUUAUAAUUGGUUUGUUGCUCACUUUAAAUACUUCAGAAAUAAAGAAGAUGCCGCUACUUGGAAGAACGCUGUUAGACAUAAUUUAUCGAUACAGCAAUGCUUUGUGCGCGUGGAGACUUUAAACGGAGCCGUAUGGACUUUUAACGGUAGCGAUAAUCGUAAAAGGAAAAUGUAA